AUGAAUCCAUUUGAUGUGAUCAAUCCGACGAUUCACAAAUUCUAUUUGGCCAACGAUAUCGAUGAUUUGGGAUUUGUUCGUCCAUGGUCGGCACGAGAGGAAAAUGAGAAGCUGAAAGAGUAUGAGGAAUGGUAUUCGUCAUAUUUGCCGAUAGUGGCAAGAAGGAGAAAACGAUGGGAAAAAGAGAAUCCGCGGAGGAAUCAUCAUCUUCUGCAACGAUUCAUUCGAAAAGGAAUUCCGCACGUCUAUCGAAAAGAGUUGUGGCUUCGAAGUUGUCCGGCGAGAAGCGAUGGCUAUUGGGAAACGUUCGAGGUGCCGGACGACAUCGUCAAAGCGAUUCAAUUGGACCUUCCGCGGACGUUUCCCGACAACAAAUUUUUGAAAUCGGAAAAGACCCAAAAAGCACUUGGACGAGCAUUAUUUGCAGUUGCCGAACACAUUCCGGAGGUUGGAUAUUGUCAGGGUCUCAACUUCGUUGCCGGUCUAAUUCUUCUUGUCGUCAAUGAUGAGCGUCGUGCCAUCGACCUUCUCGUCCAUUUGGUCUCACAACGAAAAGAAUAUUAUGGGAAGAAGAUGAUCGGACUACGUCGCGACAUGCAUGUGCUGCACCAGUUGAUGCGCAAAUACUGUCCGCGUGUGGCUGUAAUGAUCGAUCGAUUAGAUAUCGGUUUCGACAUUCUGGUGGGAAAAUGGUUCGUGUGCUGGUUCGUCGAAAGCCUCCCAAUGGAGACGGUUCUCCGAAUAUGGGAUUGUCUGAUUUAUGAAGGCGAUGAAUGGCUGUUCAAAAUCGCAAUCACACUGUUUCGCUCAAACAUGAUGGCAUUGUCGCAUUGCCAUUCGAUCGAUCAGGUCUUGACACAAGUUCAGAACAUCGGAAGCAGCAAAUCGGCAUUGUAUUGCCAUCAAUUGAUAUUGAAAAGUGCACAAUUGCCAAUUUCGAAAAGUGUUUUAGACGAGCUACGCGAAGAAGCGAAAAGAAGCAUUCCAAAUUAG